CAGAUUCCAUUUUGAGGCCUCUUAACUAAGCAUGGGGGGAAGGGCAGCAGAGGCCUGUCUCUUGCACACACAAGCACAUGCUUGAGAAAGCAAAGUAAGGCCAGGAAAACAGACUGCACUGAGAAAGAACCAAGCUUAAAUCAUAAACCCGAGCGAAAGGUCCAUAAUCUGUUCUUAAAAUGGCCUCUGAGGACCUCUGCUUCAGUUACACAGUGCCAGGCUCCAACGAGAAGCACAGGAGGGCUCGUAACUGGACGGAUUCUGAGAUGAAAGCUCUUGUGUACAUUUGGGAAGAGUAUGUGACAGAGCUAAAGAAGGCUAAGCGCAACGCGAAGAUCUACGAGACGAUGGCUAAGCAACUUUAUGAAUUAACCGGCGAACAACGACACAGGGAAGAAAUCAAGAUGAAGAUUACCAACAUGACUUUCCAAUUCAGGCAACUGAAGUACACAGCAAAUGAAAGCAAUGCUACACCUGACUGGCCGUACUACAAAUCUAUUGAGAGGAUCUUGUCAAAGGUACCAGACCAUGCCCAUAUGAGCCCACCGAACCUCUCGACGUCUGGCCCCUCCACUUCUCAGCUCGAGACUUCUGUGCCCCAGUCGGCUCCACCGAGUGGGUUUCUACCCGAGUACACGGGCUCCUCAGAGGAGAGGGAAAUCAACGAUGAGGAGGAAGGCCUAACAGAGAACUCUGAGAGUUCUUUUGAGACUAGGUCACAGCCGCGUAAAAGGCGGAGGCUUACACACGUGUCACUGCGACGAAAGAAGCUGCGUGUCCUGGAUGCAAUGCUGCAGGAGCAACGCAGGAUAAGCCGCGCCGUUGAGGAGGCAUGUCAUGAAGUUCGCCGAGUUAUGCAUCAGCAGAACUUCCUGCAGGUGCAGAGCCUCCAGCUUCAGGAGCGAAUGAUGAACCUCCUGGAGAAGAUGAUUCCUGCUCCAUCUGCCCCUUCUUGGCCUAACCCACCAGUCUCAAAGAGUUUAGGAACACCUACAACUGAGUGACAGUGACCUCGGGAUACGGGAUAUGGACCUUUUUUGUGUUUGCAGAGGAAGCGUUGCUAUAUGCUAUCUAAGUAUAUAACCAACUAGUUAGAUGUUCAUUUUAGACACUGUUCAGUCUUCUACAAUAAAUAUGUUAUUCAAAAAUGUUGACAGGUGUAAGCUAUCCUAAGCAAAAAAACAAUUGAAAAAAUCACUAUUUAUCUGAUUCAAAACUCUGUCCUCAUAAGUUAAAUGGUGAUUGUUAUGUGACACAAAAUGUGUUUUUUUAUGGAAUCAGAUUUAUUUGAUUUCUAAUUGCUGUGUUAGACAAUGUAAUGUCAGUCAUGGUUGACUGGCAUCUAAAAGAUUUCAGAAAGGUGUUCAAGAAAACUCCAGAAGGUCAGUAGUUCAGGUCAGACAGCUAACACCAAAUGGUUGCUGAUAAUGUAAACAGAAUUAGGCUGACAUGGAUUCGAAAUGGCAGAGGACACAUUUUUGUUUAGUUAGUAGCAUUACAGUUCAGCGUUACAGUGUUAUAGCAUAGCAAAAUGUAACAUGUUACUAAAUGUUACGAAAUGCAGUUGUUUUAGUAGCAGUUUAUAUGCUGACACUCAUAUUUAGCUUAUAUAUUAAAUUAUACACAGAUAGAAGAAGAAAAAAUGACAUUUGCAUAAAAUUAGUAUAAUUCACCCCUUUUCUGAUUAAACAUAAUUUACAUAUUUUUGUGAGGUGUGAAAAAUGUCUAGGUGGUCAAACUGUCCAAAGACUGUAAAAAAGAAAAAAAGUGUCAUUAAAAAGUUUAAAUUCUUGAGGGGGGAAAACAAAUAAAUAUUUUAAAAAGUAUUGGAAUCAAUUGUCUGUCAAAUAAAAGUGAGUGACUAACUCAAAAUAGUAUUGCA